AUGAAGCAUUGGACGCCGGUCGUGUUCCUCGCAUUCUUGUGGACGCAGGUCUUCGCUGCCUAUUCCAAUAGCGAAAUGAAGACCCUUGUGAAAAACAGUGGAAGUGGCUAUAUCCGUCUCUCAGAGGCCAAUUACAAAAAGCACUUGUAUGGUCACAGAGACUAUGACGUGGUGCUCUUCAUGACCUCGCAGGCUCCACAGCUCAACUGUGUUUUGUGUAGGGAAUACACCCCUGCUUUCGAAGCCGUGGCACAACUGUACUCUCACACCUUCCCAGAAGGAGUGAGUACCGGUAGAGACUUGUACUUUUUGUAUGCUGACUUCCUUGAUGCAAAGAGCUUGUUCCUGGCCAUGGGCUUGGACCUGAUUCCCAAGUUGUACUACAUGGAAGCUACCCCAGAGUCGACUUCUGAUGACGACUUCAACAAGCAAAACAAUCCAUAUCCGUUCUACCAGGGUGAUUUCGUGGAAUUGACUAAUCAAUGGGUCUACACCAUGACUGGCCACCGGAUUGAGGUUUACACUCCUCCAGACUACAGCAAGAUGGUGUUUAACGCAAUCGCGACAUUUGCCGUUGUGUUUGCCUUUAAGAGAUUCAGAACUCAGAUCUUUGCUAUUCUCAAGUCGAAUUAUGUGUGGGGCAUUGGUACGAUUAUAUUGGUCUUGCUUUUCAUCUCCGGCCAGAUGUUCACUCAGAUCAGAUCUGUGCCAUUCAUGUACGAAAAGAAGGAGGGAGUUGAGGUGUUCGCAACAAACGCCCAGAUGCAAUAUGGAGUUGAGACUCAGAUUGUUUCUACCAUGUAUGGCUUGAUGGGUAUCGUCUUCCUUGUUUUGGCAAACCGUGUUUCCAGUAUCAAGAAUGCCAAGGUCCAGUUCAUGGCCGUCACCAUCGUUUCUGUUCUCUUGUACUUGUUGUACUCUAUUUUCUUGUCUAUCUUCAACAUCAAGUAUAGAGGAUAUCCAUACAUGUUGCUUGACCUUGGAGUUGCAUAA